CCCAAGACUAUUCUUCACUCUUGGAUCACCGAGAUGAAUUUUACGAUGUGAUUAUUCAAGUUGGUAACGAAGACUCGCCAAAUUUUUUUCGAGGACAUUCGGUAGUCUUAUGGGCAAGAUCUCAGUACUUUCGUGAUAAAUUAUCAAGAGUUGAUAAGGAUAGCUUUAGGAAUGUUAUCUCCAUUAGUCUUUCAAAUAUCUCAGCAGAACAGUUUGGAGUGUUACUUAGAUACAUUUAUACUGGCACUAUCGCUCUCGAAAAAUAUAAAAUAGAAGACAUGAUACUUCUCAUGAUGGAAGCAAAACAAUUGCUACUACCAGAAUUUCUCGACCGUCUAGUUGAGUUAUGCAAUAGAAUAUUAAUACAAAAUCCAAUUGAAGUGAUCAAUUCGCCACAGUUCCUUAGAAUUAAUCAAAGAGAGCUUUCACAAUUUCUCGAAAUUUUUUCAAACACGUCAUAUUCACCCUUACAUCCGGAAAUCUCUUCGAAUGGCAUCACCUUAUUAGACAUCUGUUUGUCAGACACAAAUUUGCCGGAUGCCACCACUGUAAAGGACACAAUUCUAUGGAACAAAUUAGUAGAAUGGGGAGCUACUCAAUUAAAUCUUAUACCUUCUAAGAUCUCCGAGUUCGGCGAUGACGAUUGUCAUUACAUUAAGCAGGUGAUCGAACCUUUUUUGCCAUUUAUUAAUUUUGAGAAUAUUAGUUCAGUAGAAUUCAGGGAAAAGGUUACACCGAUUAGGAAAGUUUUGGAUAAUAAAUUUUAUGUGGAACUUUUAGAAGCUUAUGCUGAGACGGGAUCGGAACAGGAGACCCGUUCUCAUAAUGGCUCUACAUAUUCACGAGUAUCUACAAAUCAACGGUCAGUCAGUCAACAACAAAAACAAUAUUCAGGUACAUCUUCGAACAAUUCAUCGUUGAAUCAUCCUUCGGAUCAUGAGCAUUCUCCUAAGAGGAAUUCAACUAAAAAUCGUCGUCUUUCGAACAAUUCAUCAUCGAAUCGUUCCUCGGAUUCUUUUGGAAAGAAUUCAUCACAAAGACGUCCUUCGGAUCACGCGUAUUCUUCGACGAACAAUUCAUCAUCGAACCAUCCUGUUGGUUAUGCACAAUCUUCUACGAAUUAUCCUUCAGAUUACGCGCAUUCUUCUACUAGCAAUUCAUCACUGAAUAAUCCUUGGAACCAUGAACAUUUUCCUAAGAACAAUUCAUUAUCAGACCACUCUCACCAUCCUGACGAACAAUUUGAAGAAGAUCUUGACGCUCUUGAAGAAUUUAUGCGACCACUUCCAAGAAUUAGAAUCGAUAAUGAAACUACCCAAUCGUCUUCAAGAAACCGAUCUUCUAAAUUUUCACGUGCGCAAAGGAAUCGUCAUUAA